AUGCUCUUCCGCACGCUCCUCUUCGUCGCAAGCGUCGCCGGCGCGCUCGCGAGCCCGCUCGUAGAGCGUCUCAAUUACAUCGACUGCGACCCACUCAGUGGCCGCAACUCGAUUGACAACAGCACCGGAUGCAGCCCCGUCUUCAUAGCGGAGAUUACCAAGUGCAUCGAGUGUCUGCACCAGAUCCCCAACGUCGACCCGUCCCUCAUCAGCGACUUUGAGGUCCCCCUCCAGCACUGCGGGGUCGGCCCGGGCGCGGGGCACGGCGAGGGCGGGCAGAACUCUGCCCCGCCUGGCGUGGGCGACAGGGCCACAGCUACGACCCAGGUGGCGCUGCCGAUGGCCUCGAGUACCGGCGCGGCGGGCACCGGCACCGGCGCCGCUGCGUCUGGAGGGGCAGCUGCCACUCCUGCUGCUAGCUCCCAUGCUGCGGCCAGCGGGGGAAGCAGCGGUGCGGCCCCAGCAGCUGCCUCGACUUCAAAGCCGUCAGCGGGGUCAGCUAUCGGUGUCAGCGUGGCGUCGGUCCUCCUCGUCGUGGCUGCGGCCGCCGUCCUGGUGCCUCCUGUUGCUGACCGCUGCCUCUGCCCUGGCCACACUCGCGCCGCGGGCCACAUACGCAGCGAUGGCAUCUCCGCUCUAGGCUGCACAUCCGAGACCUCGUCCGCGGUAGACAAGUGCGUCAGUUGCCUCAAGUCGGUCCCAGGAAUCGACAGCUCCGUCCUCAGCGCCUACGAGCAGAUCCAGCAGCUAUGCGGGAGCUCCUCUGCCUCUGGAGCAGCUCCUUCCGGGACGAGCACCGAGACCCCCAGCACCUCGAUUUCCAGCGCCGACCCCGGUGUGUCUCCUCCCAGCACAACCGGUCCCCCAACCGGCACCAGCGCCGGUUCUGGCGGUGCUCAGACGAUCGCCACGGGUCCCAUAUUCGGUAUUACCCCCGGUCUGGGAGGCACGAGUGCCGGUACAGGCGCAACAGUGACCGUAACGGCGAAGUCGACUGGUGCACGGGCUCAAGUUACCAUGGCCGCUGUUGCCGUCGGCCUCAUUCUUUCCUUUGUAGUUGUGCCUAGAUAA